AUGUCUAAGGAGACGAAGUCAAAUUUGAAGCUAAUGAGGCCUGGUAUGGCAGUCAUUAUUCUCAGUGGAAGGUAUGCCGGUCGUAAGGCGGUGGUAAUUAAAAAUUACGACGAUGGAUCUACUAAAAAACCAUAUGGUCACGCUCUCGUUGCUGGUAUUGAUCGCUACCCUCGCCGCGUUUUGAGGAAGAUGAGUCAAAAGCGAAUUGAUAACCGAUCAAAGAUAAAGCCUUUCGUUAAACUUGUCAACUACAAUCAUCUAAUGCCAACCCGUCACACAGUUAACAUUCAAUUCAAUACAAAUGUUUUGAAUAAAAACUGUCUUGCUGACAAGCAGAAGAAGCGUCUUGCCCUCCUUGAUGCUAAAAUGAAGUUCCAGGAAAGGUACCGUACCAAUGAGAAUCCUUGGCUCUUCCGUAGCCUGCGCUUCUAA